UGUCAAUGGAAAUGGCGGAAUUCGGGAAGCCCUUUAUCACUUCCAUUAUAAAUGGUUAUGACAUGGUGCCGACAUUGUCAGCUGUUUCUGUUUAUGAUUUCAUUGAAGAGGGUCUUAAUAAGCGUAAAAGAUUCAUAAAGUCUGCUUGCAGCGCAAUUGGAUCUCGCAUACCAUUUGCAUCUAAUGCAAAAGCCAUUGCAGAUCGUGCAGUAUCCCGCGGCACCGAGGCUGUGAUGAAGAGUAAACAAAGAACUCGGUCACUGAUAAGCUGGUCCAAACGUGAGAAUGCUGCGGCGUUGAAAAGUUCUAAAUCAGAAAACUUGUCUGAAGCCGCUCAAUCAUCAAAUACAUGUUAUGAAGGGACAGAAGAGUUAAUAAUCUCUGAGUUUACUAGUGAUGAGGACGACGGAUCAAUAUCCUCCAGUGAAGGAUCUGAUAACGAUGACAUGGAUGAAGAAGAGGAGGAAAUCAUAGCUGCUACUCACAACAUUGCUAACGAUGAACUGAAUGAAUAUUACAAGGAGCUUCAGCUAGACACACAGGAGGAUAAUCCUGAAAUCAAUGGUGGCAAGGGAAAAGAAGAAGCCAUAGAAAAAGGCAUCAUAGAAGGAGAGUUGAAAAAUGAUAAGGUUGUUCACAGUGAAGAAACUGCAGAUAGUGCAGUUGCAACAUCAGAGAAGCCUGUUAGACAUCAUCUUUAUCCACCAGGAAGAAUAUUGCAUAUUGUUCCUGUACUUUCUUCUGAAAAUUCUAAACCAAUCCACUAUGAUGAUGCUGAUGCCAAACGUGUGGUGUUGUAUGAAACUGGUAGAGAGCUGUAUGGAAAACUCAGACUUUCAAGAGGGAUGCUAUUUGAUCACAUGACAGGCAAGUAUCUGAAGGUGUUCCAACAAUUAAUCAAUCAAUUUGAGAAAGAGAUAUGAAAGGUUUUAGCUGAUAGACUUCUUGAGCCUUAGAAUUAAAAUUGGUCUGUUUAUGUUUGUGCGUGUUUUGGAGUUGUAAUAUGUCUCUUAAGCCUCUCACAUUUAUAUGUAAGAUUAGUUGGUUUGUGA